CAAUCGCCUUUUGAGAUUUGUAGCUUGGGAAAAAAAAUCCCUUCUGCUGUUCAUGAUGCUAUGACUAGUGGUAUGUCGAUACCACUUACCCAAUUUCAUUAUUUUGGGCCCGUUUAGAGGCAUUAGGGGUCUGUUGCUAUAUAAAAACGUUAAAUUGCCUGAAUAGGACGUGUCUUUUUGAAAGAAGCGUCUCUAACGCUUUUGUUUCGUAGUUUUCUUAUUUUUUUGUAUGCCUGAUUUCUUCGGCUCCUGGGUGGGUGGUGUCACACUAGUACUACAAUGAUCGAACGACCAGAAUCUACAGUUGCCAGCAUUGCACAGAGGAAUCUGGAGGGGUAUGUGGGGUUCGCCAACCUCCCCAACCAGGUGUACAGGAAGUCAGUGAAGAGGGGCUUUGAGUUCACACUAAUGGUUGUUGGUGAGUCUGGAUUGGGGAAAUCCACGCUCAUCAACUCCCUCUUCCUGACUGACCUGUACUCCAAGGAUUACCCUGGCCCAUCCCUACGGAUCAAGAAGACUGUGCAGGUGGAGCAGUCCAAGGUUCUGGUGAAGGAAGGGGGUGUCCAGCUCACUCUCACCAUCGUCGAUACGCCAGGGUUUGGAGAUGCAGUGGACAAUAGUAACUGCUGGCAGCCUGUCAUUAACUUCAUUGACAGUAAGUGUGAGGACUUCCUAAAUGCAGAGUCCAGGGUGAACCGACGACUGAUGCCAGACAACAGAGUUCACUGCUGCCUGUACUUCAUCGCCCCCUCUGGCCACGGGCUGAAGCCCCUGGACAUUGAGUUCAUGAAGCGUCUCCAUGACAAGGUCAACGUGAUCCCUCUCAUCGCCAAGGCAGACACUCUGACACCUGAAGAAUGCCAGCUGUUCAAGAAACAGAUCAUGAAGGAAAUCCAAGAACACAAGAUCAGGAUCUAUGAGUUUCCUGACGCCGAGGACGAUGAGGACAGCAAGCUCAUCCGGAAGAUCAAGGAGCGGAUGCCUCUGGCAGUGGUUGGCAGCAACGUGGUGAUUGAAGUGAACGGCAAGAAGGUCAGAGGUCGUCAGUACCCCUGGGGCGUGGCAGAAGAGGGCAUUUUUGUGGAGAACGGGGAGCACUGUGACUUCACUGUCUUACGGAACAUGCUGAUCAGGACCCAUAUGCAAGACCUGAAGGAUGUGACCAACAACGUCCACUAUGAGAACUACCGCAGCAAAAAGCUUGCUGCCGUAACCUGCAAUGGAGGAGUGGACACCAGCAAGACCAAGAACCAAAUGACCAGGAGCCCCCUGGCCCAGAUGGAGGAGGAGCGGAGGGAACAUGUCAUGAAGAUGAAGAAGAUGGAAACAGAGAUGGAGCAAGUGUUUGAGAUGAAGGUCAAGGAGAAGAAACAGAAACUGAAGGACUCUGAGGCUGAGCUGGAGCGACGUCACGAGCAGAUGAAAAAGAACUUGGAGGUUCAGUAUAAGGAACUGGAGGAGAAGAGGCGCCACCAUGAGGAGGAAAGGUGCAACUGGGAGGCACAGCAACGUAUACUGGAGCAGCAGAAACUUGAUGCUUCUAAGACCAUGGAAAAGAACAAAAAGAAAGGAAAAAUAUUUUAAGUUGAACCUAUUCCUCCAAUUAAAUAUUGCAAACUCGUUUUUACAUCCCUUUUGAUGCUCACACAAUCUAUGACCCUCAAACCACAUAUACACACACACACACACUCACGCAAAUAAGCCGUGUUCACACUGCACUUAGCUCAGGGCUAAGAGGGUGUUCACGCUUGCACAUUCUAAAGUGGGCUAGCUGACCCUAUUGUACUAUUUAGACAUUCCAUCCCAACCUCUCUUACAUGCAGUACGUCAUACAUGGACCUCACACAUGCAUCUCAUUCUAAUUCAGUACAUACAACAACACAACCCAAUGUCACACUCAUACACCACUAUAUACACACACAGCCACGUCCCUCUUUUGGGGGUCUGCCAAAACCUUUUAUUUCUAUUCUUGACAAGGAGGAAAUUAUGUCCCUCUGAUCUUUUGGAGUUUUACACAUGGCAGGCACCAUGCAUAGGCACCAUGCAUCCUUUAUACUAGUACACUACAAUCUGUUCUCUAGUCUAGCUAGCUCACCUGUUUCUUCCAGCAGAGGCAGCUCAAGACCAUUCACAAGCACACUCCAUUGUGACAUGUGUAAACACAAUUACAUACACUCGGACAUUCCCUGAACUCCUGGGACAUGUGCAUGUUAAACACACACUUGUAGGUGAUUAUUAAGGGUUCGAGUCAGGUGGGAGUGUACAAGAAACAGGAAAAUAAUUGUUUGGAAUUAUGACAGUGAAAAGCCAAGUCGAGAUGAAAAAGCCAGGUUCAGGAAAGGUGGUGACCUAUCUUAAAUGUGUGUGUACUUGUGUGUGUGCACGUGCCUGUGUGUGUACAACUGUAAACCAUGUGUUUGUGUCUUCUAUUUUAGUAAUAGAAGACACAUUUAACGGUAUAAACAGUAACAUUGUCAGUGUCAUAACAUUCUCUGGAUACUGAAGCAGAUAAUUAUGUCCCUAAUUAUAUAGAUAAUGUUACACAAAUCAUAUGGGUGUCUAAAACAAUGAUAACCGUGAUUAUGGCAAUGUUUUAUAUUGUGAAGUGAUGGAUUUUGUCAAAGCCCUAAACCUAAAGCCCUAUCUAUUCCUUGUCCCCUCUCUCUGUCUCGUUCCCUGUUCUGAAGACUGUACCGAGAGCUCUAAAUGCAUGGGUUUGUCCCAAACGCACGGUGAGACUCUGACACUGAGACACAUUGUGUGACACCUCUAAACCCUUACCUCUCUGAGGUCCGUCAAGUUUUAUUUUAAUAUAUUAUGUAUGUAUGGUUGGACAACUAUCCCUUGAAUCCAGUAGGAUCAUUAAGCGGUUAAACAAUUAUUAUUUUAGUGUAGUCUUGAUUUUACAAACCUCUAGAAUCUUAAAAUAUGCACUUGAAGACAUGCAAAAGGGACACAGAAAAUGCACAGAUAAAUACAACACACAUAAAACCCCUGUCAUUUUCUUCUGGUUCACAUACAUAAUGGAAUUGACUGUAAAUUGUUAUAUACUUCAACUGAACACAAAUCCCAGAAGACAACCUCUGACCUACACUGCCUUCACAAGCCACACUCACACACACAAUAUAACUAUAUGCCAACUGUAUACUUUCUCAGGACCAGUCUCUUGUUGCAGGUCUCUGAGUUGUAAUAGUCAGAAGUUAGUCCAUGGUCUGAGAAGUCUUAAAGGCUCAUUUGAGCUAAGGUCUGAGACAAACUUUUCCUAAAUCAUUCUUUAACCACUCCCCUAUCUAAUAGUGUUGAAGGUAGCCAUAACUUUAGCAGUUGUUUUUGUUAUUGUUUUUUUAUAUAUCUACACUCUUCAGCUUUAUUCUGUUCUUCAUUUUAUUAUCAUCUGUUCUCUCUAACUGUACAUUAUUAAUAUUAAAGAUGAGAAGGUUAUGCUUAA